AGAUUUCGGUUCAGUUUUUAAUUCUACGGCAGUUUUGGUGAUCGCAUUUGUUGUUGGCACAGCCAAACGAUGGUGAACAUGAAGAUCUUCCCAUCGCGAGUGGUAAUUUUGAGCAUGUUAAUGCUAUUCAUUGGAAAGGCGAAUUUGACUAUUGUUUUGGACCAAAAUGGAUACACAAAUAUUGUCGUCGCCAUAUCUGAAAAUGUUCCCCAACCCGCCGACGGUGGAACUGCAUUGAUAAAUGACCUUAAGGCAUUGCUGACAGAGACUUCAGCCAUUCUUUUUCAGGCUACAGGCAACAGAGUUUAUUUGAAGAACAUCGACAUUUUGCUUCCGCCUGCGUGGACUAGUUCCACCGCAUUAUUAACAUCCAAGCUAUCUUACCAGUUAGCAGAUAUCCGAUUAACCAAUGAACCUGCGUCCGGAAGUUUGCCGUAUACUUUGCAUUCGGGCAAAUGCGGCGUGAAUGGAAAUUUCAUUACACUUCCACCUGAAUAUCUCGAGGAUAUAGCUGAUAACCUUAAAGUUCAAGCCAAGGGAUUGGUUCAACAAUGGGCCCAGUUUCGCUAUGGAGUUUUUGAAGAACACGGUUAUCCCAACGAUAAGCUUUUGCCUUAUUUUUAUCGCCAUCCUAAUGGUUAUGACGCCGUAACUUCAAGCAACGAUACAGAAAUAAAGGGCUCUCUUGCGACGUUGUCAGGGGGCAAUUGUGUAGUUAACGCAAACGGUAUCAUAUCUGAUCAAGGUAACUGCCGUUUCGUCCCUACGGCUACUGAACAAACAGCUACUACAUCAUUGAUGAGCUUCCAUUGGCUCGAUACGGUGAUUAAGUUUUCGGAAGUGGGGAAACAUGACAGACGGCCCCCUCAUCGUCAGAAUCGAUUGUGUAAUUCAAAAAGUAGUGGCGAAGUCAUGGCUAAUUCACCGGAUUUCAAUAACGUCAUACCGAAUCCUAAUCAAAAUACUGCGCCAGUAUUUCGAUUGCUCAAAAAUCUAAUGCUGCCAGUUGUCUACGUUGCGAUGGACACAUCUUCCCCCGCGAAUCCAAACAAUACAAACCAACAAGCACAAAAUCUAUUAAAGAGAGGUGUGAGAAAUUUGUUUUACACAGUGUCAAUCUAUCCAGAAACCUUAGCGGCAUAUUCCACAUUUGAAAACAUCGAUUCUGGUCCUGAAGGUUCCUACCUGAAAGAAGAAUUGCCUCCACGAAGGAUUGGGGAUGAAUAUGAUAAUCUGAUAAGCAAAAUUGACAAUUUUGUUGUGUCCCAAACUGUGCUGUCGCGUGACGUAUCGGCAGUUAUACGAGAUGGUGAAGCACGAUUGCGUCAGUACAAAGAUACAGGCGGCAGCAUUUUAUACCUCGUUACGUCCACUGAUUCUGUGACAAAUGACACCGUAAUUGAAACCGACCUGGCUGAAAGACUCAUGCAAAAUAACAUUAAACUGAUAGUGGUAGAAACUGGACUGGGUACCGGAAAAUCGCUGCCACGUUUUUCAGUACUAUCGCAGGGCAGCUAUUACUUCAUACCAACUUGGGAUACGCCGUUCUUCACACCAAUUAACAACGAAGUUGAUGCCAUUUGCAGAAACGGUCUCAAAACACAACGAAGAAUAAUAACAAGUCGAAAAAAUUCAAUAACCACCAGUAUGCCAUGGAGUGGAUCCUUUUCUAUUGAUGAAACUGUCGGAACAAAUACCACUGUUGCUCUAUCGUUACCCAAAGAAGGCAUUUUUACAAUCACUCUUACUAACCCUAAUGGUGACGUCGUGAAUCUACCCAACGAACCGGAAGUUACAAACUGGAACUACCCGGAUUCUACCGUUAGGGUUAUUUGGAAGAAACUAGCUGAUGAUACAGUUAAAGGACGAUGGAGUUAUCAAGUGGUCUACGACACAACAUCAUGCAGCGCAUGUCAACCACAACCCGAAAUACAUUUACAAAUUGGUUCGUCAAUCAGAAGCGCAACGUCCCCGGCUUUGCCGAAAUUCCAGCCUUGGGUGUCUCUUACGACCAGUUCUGGUUUCGUUGACCUCUCCGAACAUCCGGCGGUGAUUCAAACCAGAUUUGAAUAUGCUAACAACAACUUGGGAGGUCUUAUCGUGACAGCCGAAAUUGUUCUAAAUUCAAUAGUUAAAGCAUCUAUUCCGCUUUUUGAUACUGGAUUAAUCGAUCCGGACAUAUCGAAAGAUGGGAUUUAUUCUGGGACAUUUUACCCUGACGCGAAUGGAAAUUACAAAGUGAAUUUCUACGCUGUGCAUAGUGCCUCUGCUAAGGAAGGUGGUAGGCUGUUGUCUCCUGAUCAGAAUUCCUACUGUUGUGGAUCUUCGCUACCCACCUCGACUUUGAAUUAUUUUCAGUUCACCGCCAGAGAGGCUAUCGCUUUUGAAGUUCGAAAUGUUGGGACGGGAACAUUCCCGCAGGACUACUUACCUAUGGUGAGCGAUAUUAGAGCAUCUACCUACGGAAUUGAUCAAAAUCUUGUUUACGCCGAAUUGAAAUGGAGCGUACCAUCCAACACCAUAAGCCAAGUUGUUAGGUACUCGGAAAAUUAUGAACAACUAUUGGACAGCUUUGAAGGUGCUUCUCAAGCUACUGUUGUUUAUGGCUCCAUAACCGAGAUUGAAGCCGGAACUGCCAUCGCAGUUUACGUUUCCACUCCAUACACGAAAGGAAAAAGUGUUUACUUUGUUGUCGAAACAACUGCAAAGAACAACCAGAAAACUCGUUCGCACAUCGUCUGGUCAGAAGCCAACCCACCAGAAUACCCAUUCACAACUCCAUCACCUACCACCGAAGCAGCGUCCACCACACCACAAACGAGCACGAGUUCCACUACAUCCGCCACUACUUCUAUUACCGAGGUAACAAGCACGAGUGCCCCCAUCAUAACUUCUACAAUGGAUUCUUCAAUCGGCAUGUCUACUACGGAAAUCUCCACUACAUCUGACGUUUCUGUCAGCGUCACAUCAAGCUCACCAACAUCGACUGAUCCACUAACUUCCACAAGUGACACAAGCUCAACUGCGUCCACCGCUAGCUCAACUACUGCCUCAACCGCUUCAACUUCUACUAUCUCUUCUUCUACAUCUGCCAGCACCACCACUACCAUUUCUACUACAACCGCUUCUACUACAACCGCUUCUACUACAACCGCUUCUACUACAACCGCUUCUACCACCACGACUCCCAUUACUACCAUCAGCACGUCGAGCCCACCAACCUCGACAGAAUCAACCGCAUCCACAGCAUUCUCGAGUACAACUCAAUUCAUUGUUACUUCUACCGUAGACUCAAUAUCUUCAACUCUUUCUACAGCAACUGAUUCCACAAGCGAAAGUAGUUCACCAACUGAAGAAACAACUGAUUCUACCUCUAUCAUCCCACCAACGGAACCACCGAGCGGGCUGACUCCAGCAGAAAUUGGCUACAUUGUUGGCGGAGUAGUCGGUGGACUUGUAGUUAUAGGUGCCAUUACCGGGGGCAUCAUGUUCUACAAGAAGAAGCACGGCGAAGGUGGUGGUUCAUUGCCUCCAUCUACCUCUAACGGGAGAAAUGGUGCAUCAGGAGCACCGUCAGAACGAGCGGAAUAUUCAAACACUCCGUAUCCGCCUUCUACAUCGUAUAAAUCCAGUACAACCCCUGCAAACGCAAACAAUGGACGUCAAGUUGAACGCGUUGAACCAGCUGUCCAAUAUGAUGAUAAUGUUGGCAUUACUUUUGAGGAUGACGAUACGUGUAUGACGGCAAUGUAAAACUUUAAACUGAAU